GGAUAACAUUGAGGCAGAGAGACUCCAAUGGCGACUUCUGUUUAUCUCGGUAGCAUGGUUCAUAGUAAAGGAGGGUGGCCUCCCAUACCCAUCCAACAUUUCACUCUCUCUGAAAGGUUUACAAGUUCUAUCAGAAGAAUUCCAAGUAGAGGCCAUAAAAUCUCACUUUUUCACUCAAUGGGAGCUGCAGAUUUCCUACACAUUGAACCUUCACCAUCCAAUGCAGCAGCUAUUUCAGGAAACUCUCAUAAUGUUUUAGAUUUUGUAACAGACAUCUCAGGUGGCAGCUUAAGUCUUAUUGAGAAGUUGGCUUUGGCAGAUUUAGAGCCAUCUACAGCAAAGCUGGCAAUUGGUAUUAUAGGUCCUGUUCUCUCCGCGUUUUCUUUUCUAUUUAUCUUGAGAGUAAUUAUGUCCUGGUACCCAAAACUUCCUUUGGGGAAGUUUCCGUAUGUGUUAGUUUAUGCCCCCACUGAACCGUUUCUCGUCCCUACUCGAAAGUUGAUUCCACCCCUUGCAGGGGUGGAUAUUACUCCGGUGGUUUGGGUUGGAUUGGUUAAUUUUCUUAGUGAAAUAUUAGUCGGACCACAAGGGCUUCUUGUCCUUGUCUCUCAACAACUUAGUUAAUACGCCUAACCAGUCAAUAUUUUUGUUGUGUUAUUCAUCUUUGGUGGAGAUAUUAAAUUUUCCGAUCUCAUUUCAUCGACAUCACGUCACCAUUCUUAUGUAUAUUUGUAAUGAUAUCUUUAGAUGUUAUUUCGUUGAUUCUUGAUAAAGUUAUCUUUCAACUCA